GCAGCAGUACAGCUGAAUCUGCGCGUCCUUCGUUUGAGCUCGGAGGCCUCUUCUCUUCUUGUGUGUUUAGGGGCGUUUCAGUCAAAUAACUUCCACAAUGACUGUAUUAGGUUUUCUGGCCAGAACUCUGAGAAAGACCGGCAUGGUGAAGCCCUCCAGCCUUUUGAAACCGGUGGCUUUAACAAGGAUUCCAGGGCGCUACCUGGCCCAUCAGGAGAGUCUCCCUAAACUCCCUGUGCCGCCCCUGAAACAAACAUGCGACCGUUAUCUGGCUGCUCUGGAGCCAAUAGUGGACUCGGAGAUGCUGAAGAACACACAGGAACUGGUGAAGGAGUUUCAGGCACAAGGAGGGGUUGGAGACAGGCUGCAGAAGGGCCUGGAGCACCGAUCGCGCAAGACAGACAACUGGCUGUCUGACUGGUGGUUACAGACAGCCUAUCUGGACUAUCGGCUGCCUGUGGUUGUCCAUUCCAGUCCUGGAGUUGUCCUCCCUCGUUUGGAAUUUAGUGACCGCCAAGGUCAAAUAAGAUAUGCUGCUAAACUGAUUGCUGGAGUUUUGGAUUUCAAGAGUAUGAUUGACAAUGAAACUUUGCCAAUAGAGUAUCUGGGUGGGAAGAUGCUGUGUAUGAACCAGUAUUACCAGGUGCUGUGCUCUUGCCGUAUACCAGGAAUCAAGAGCGACUCGGUGGUGAACUAUGCACUGAACAAGAGGCCUCCUAGUCACAUCACUGUGGUGCACAAUUACCAGUUCUUUGUUCUGGAUGUAUACAACAGUGAUGGCACGACACUGACCGUGGAUCAGCUCUACAUUCAGCUGGAAAAAAUCUGGAACUCCUCCCUACAGACCAACAAGGAGCCAAUCGGCAUCCUCACCUCCAACCACCGCAACAGCUGGGGCAAGGCCUACGCCAACCUGAUAAAAGAUAAAACAAAUAAGGAAUCAGUACGGGCAAUUCAGAAGAGUAUCUUCACUGUGUGUCUGGAUGCUCCUAUGCCUCGAGUCUCAGAUGAAAUGUACCGUACUCGGGCAGCUGUGCAGAUGCUACAUGGAGGGGGCAGUCGGUGGAAUAGCGGAAACCGCUGGUUUGACAAGACACUUCAGUUUAUCAUUGGUGAAGAUGGAACAUGUGGUGUGAUUUAUGAACAUGCCCCUGCAGAAGGCCCACCAAUUGUGGCACUGAUUGAUCAUGUGGUGGAAUACACGAAAAAGUCAGAAAUGGUGCGUACUCCCAUGGUUCCUCUUCCCAUGCCUAAAAAAUUGCGCUUCAACAUUACUCCAGAGAUUAAGAGGGACAUUGAGGAGGCCAAGCAAAACAUGAACAUAAUGGUUCAUGACUUGGACAUGAAAGUCAUUGUGUUCUCCCAUUUUGGCAAAAAUGUUCCAAAGUCUUAUAAGAUGAGCCCUGAUGCCUUUAUUCAGGUUGCUCUGCAGCUUGCAUAUUACAGGACGUACAAGCGUUGCUGUGCCACUUAUGAGAGUGCCUCUCUGCGCAUGUUCAAACUGGGCCGAACCGACACUAUCCGCUCAGCAACUAGUGAUUCUGCCAAUUUUGUCAAAACCAUGGAUGACCCUGUUAAACAGAACACAGAAAAGGUGGCACUUCUGGAAAAGGCAGUGAAGGCACACAGAGCCUACACAGAUAUGGCAAUCCGUGGGCAGGCCAUUGACAGGCAUUUACUUGGCUUGAAGCUGCAGGCCAUUGAAGACUUGUCAGCAUUGCCAGAUAUUUUCAUGGACACAUCAUUUGCUGUAGCCAACCACUAUAACCUUUCAACUAGCCAGGUUCCAGCAAAGACCGACUGUGUGAUGUGUUUUGGCCCGGUGGUACCUGAUGGAUACGGCGUGUGCUACAACCCCAUGGAGGAGCACAUCAACUUUGCUGUGUCUGCUUUCAACAGCUGUGCAGACACAAAUGCUGCACGAAUGGUCCAGGCUCUGGAGGACGCUCUGGUAGAUAUGAAGACCCUUCUGGACCAAACACCCAAAGCCAAGCUGUGAAGACCAUAGACUGACCCUGUGGGCAGCACUCGCUGAAGCACUAACAGUUGAUGAAGCACUUUUCAACAGGUCUUUGAACCUGGCAUCACACAGGUUUUGACUGUAAAUCACUUUGCAAAGUGCCAUUCUUUGGUGUUCUUACCAAAUUCACAGGAUGUUUCUCAAAACUGGUGAACUGGUGGUAAUUUUUUUUUAAGAAACAUCACUGGAUUCUUGAGUUGUUUGUUGUUUUUACCAGAAAAGUCAAUUUAUCAAAAUUGUCAAACAGUUUUUUUUUUAUUUCUGUUAGAUUUCAGUUUUUGUGACUUGUCAAGAGAUUUUUUUUUGUGCUUUUACACAUGUAAUCAUCAAUUUAGUUAAAUUUAUGGCCAUUGAGUGAUUUCCUCUUUUUCUUUCUUUAUUGCAAUGUAUAGAAUAUAGUAAUAGAGUAUACUACUCUAGAAUAAGUGAAGCAGAAAGCUAUCUAGGACCUUGUGCCAUUUUGCUGCUGUUGUGAACAUGUGUGUAUGCAUGUGUCUGUGUGUGUGCCAUGAUCCUUUACUCUUUAUUUUGUAAUAAUAUAAUUAUGUAAAUACAGAGAGAAAUGCUCAUCUUUCUUUGCACACAGCUGAUUUACUAUAAAGGGAGGUCUUAUAAAAUGUAUUUAAAAUCUUUAUAUUGUAACGUGUUACAUGUUCAGGUUGCAACCUAUCUAAUGCUGCAUUGUGGCUCAUUGUUUUAACUAACAUGUGCAAUUGAUUAAUUGUCUCAUCUGAAUUGUAUGAAAUAAUUUCUAGUGUAAGAGAAUAUUAUUCAGUGACACGUUAAUAAACAAAUGAAAAUUUGUCAUGAAAAGCCA